UGCUCAGAACGCCUACUAGUACCUAGUUGGCGUUCUGGUACAUGUAGCAGCAAGCAGGUGAAUUGAGAGCUGUGGCUGUAAGAGCGAGCAGAACUACAGCCAGUAGGGGUACUACUACUGUGCUUCAGCGGUAAUAUUGGUUCCUCGCAAUCACUGCUGUCCGCAUAACGUCAUCAGGUGGGAUUGCGUGGGGGAACACUGAAGGUGUAUUGUGUGUGUGUGUGUGUGUGUGUGUGACGUGGAAGGUUGCCACUUCCGAGGAGGUAUGGCGGCACACGUGUCUCUGAGCAAGAAACUUCAGUCGAGGCAGACCUUUCUGCUGGAAAACUUUGACAAGGAUGUCGAUGACAUUGUCGACUACCUGGUAUCGCAGCAGGCCUUUAAACCGAGCCAAGGGGUGUACCAGUUGCUCACCUUCAAGCAAUCGACGAAGCGGGAAAGAUUCAGGCUAUUACUGGAGAACUUGACAACGGAUCAUCGACGCAAGUGCUUCCUGCGUGCUCUGGCACGGACAUCUACUUUCCCACAACUGGAAAGAAAACUGGCGGCUCCACCAGAAAGCUAUCUUGUAGCCGAGAACACGUUGACCAGAGCUGACUGGGAAAAUACAGAUGCCGAAGAGGCUGCACGUGCACUACCCAGGGAUAUACAUGGACGGCAGGAGACGGUUCCUCCGUUAGCCAGUCUACCCGGCGGUGAUGAUCCACCACCAGCAUACACUGCAAGUGGUAGCGGAGGCUCCACGGGAACGCUCAUAUCAUCAGAAACUGGAGCAGAUGGUACCCGGUCACUGGAGCAGCCCAAGCACGACCGCUUCAACAAUGAGUAUCCAAGACCGGUGCUGAGAGAGCUUUCGGAACAGAGGCACGUCCUAUCUGCUCCAUCGUUAACAGGCCUGCCUGAUGACCAGCCACCCGCUCAAGAUCUUCUGCCGAUAAGCGACUCUCGCAACCCCGACACAUCGCCUACGUUUGUCAUGAGUCCGAUGGCAGCCCAUACCAGCCACACUGGCAUAGAUCAUACCGAUAAAGAUGCUGUCACCGAGAAUUGUGACCGUUCAGUACCGGGCAUGACGCGCCAUGGCACGAUGCUUCUUGUUGGGUUUGGUGUGGUGGCAACGGUGGCAGCCUGGUGCAUGCGCCGGUAGCACAGUGUACCAGAGACAAGCCUGCCGCUGUACGUAUAAUCUCCUGCCAGUGUAUGUGUGUGUGUGUGUGUGUGUGUGUGUGUGUGCAUGUGUGAUGUGUGUGUGUGCGUGCGUGUGUGAUGUGUGUGUGUGUGUGUGUGUGUGUGUGUGUGUGUGUGUGUGUGCGUGUGUGUGCGUGUGUGUGUGUGUGUGUGUGUGUGUGUGUGUGCGUGUGUGUGCGUGGUGCCCAUUGCUUCAGAGUGCAAUUCUGGUCUACAGUAUUGUCUGUUGUGGAAAGAUGCUGCGUACUAAUAUGGGCAGUGACAUCACAAUGUCCAUACACUGUGCAGAUCUAUGACAUCACAGUCACUUCUCCGGCCAUACUGCUGCGGAAUUGUUCCAUCAAGGCAUUCGCAGCAUUCAGCUAUGGCCAUGCCAACAUGGGCAGUUGUUGCUAGUGAUGCACAGACUCAGGCGGAGGUCUUUGCUUGAAGUCAGUUACGCCAUCCCCACUGUACAACUGCAGCCAUUGGGGAAAUCAGCGGUUAAGCCCUGAAUGGGGACUGGAACGGCAGUGCAGACUUUGAACACCCAGCAGCAAACUCGAGGUUCAUGCUUAAUUUAGUUAUGACAUCAAUUAUUUUGAUGUUAGCAAUGUGUCAAUUUUUUAUUACUUUAGAUCAAGGAAAACACAAACUCUAGUACGUCACUGUACUUCAAAGUAUUUUCUUCACAAUUUCCUUUUCCUGUGCUCUACCCCCUGUUCCUGUACAAGGUUGUCCUUGACAGUCCUGGAUCAGUGUCUUGGCCUGAGCUCCUUCUCGCCCUGCUGUAUACACACGCAGAGUGCCGGGAAAGAAGGUUCCACUGCGUCAAAUAUCUUCACUUUGGGACGCACUUGGGCCAGUGAUUGGGCCAAUACUGUGAACAUGGCGUUCAGUUCUGUUGUCGUUGCUGGCAUGUACGUGUACUAUGCUCUAGCAGAAACCUCACUUGAACUACACUAACGCUAAGCACUACUCAAGUUUGGAGAAUAAGCUACCUUCUCAGUCUAUUACAGUACAUGUAUACCAUGAUGGGAAAGUGUUUGCUCCCCCACACCGGAGCUCGCACUUUCGGCCGACUGACUUGACACUUGACUGACUCGCGACUGCCAUCCAGACAACACACAAGAAGUCCAUCACGAAACUUUGACUCGGCAAACCUGCAAGAAAGCACCACUCCCUGCCCAAUACACAGUGUUUCGGGGAAUUCACCCCUCACCAGUUGAACUUGAGUAGGCUGAGGAAGAUUGUGUCUGGAAGGGCACCACUUAUAUAGUGCUCUCCAGGCCAAACCGUCACCAGAGAUACAAACUUACAGAGACGCUCCGUUUCCAGCCCGACAAACACCUCGUGAACACCAGAUCGCAGCGUGAGUCACAGUGUCGCUCCUGGACGGUGAGAACAGACGGUGAGGAAUACCCCCGGCCCAGGUCAUUCACAACGCUGUCACCUCCUAACCAGCUAGUCGCAAGCCCGCGCUGGGCACAAUACGAGAUAGUGGUACCGACUUCGGCGAUGUACAUGAUUGUACUUCAGUUGUCUGGGGAUUGCCUUAGCUUUGCUAUGUGCAUGAAACGCAGCGUUACGACAAAUGACCUAGCUGGUGGUGGUCUCUGUUCUCUUCUGCCUUUGUGUACUUCUAGUACAUGUAUGUUGGCCACUGCACCCAUAUUUUCUUAGAGUACUACUACUAGUACUUCUUCUAUUUUGGACCUAAGAAAGCUUACCAAUGAUUGCUGGCGACAAAAUGCUUGCCAAUGAUUGCUAUGGUGACAGAAUGCUGACCGAUGAUUGCUAUGGUGACAGAAUGCUGACCAAUGAUUGCUAUGGUGACAAAAUGC